AUGGGAGACUGGGGUUCUGGAGUUGCGGAUGGUGGCUGGGCAGCUCCAGCCACUCAUUCCUUCCCUGACAAGGGAAAUGCUGGAGGAGAUACCUGGGGUCAAGACUCGGGCGAGCCAGCCGACAAUGUUGGAUAUUCCAACGACGGCAACUUCAACGGCGGUGGCGAUGAUGCUGGAGCAUCUGGAGCUUACGGAAACGAUAAAUGUUUCGGCUGCGGUGAAGAAGGUCACAGGCGAGCUGAAUGCCCCAACGCUGGAGAACAGACUUGCCGUUAUUGCAAGAAGGAAGGCCACUUGAGAAAGGACUGCCCGGAAGCGCCUCCCAUGACCUGCUCCAACUGCGGCCAAGAAGGUCACUUUCGAAACAGUUGUGAGAAUGCUCGCAAGGUCAACCGUGACCACGUCGCCGACACUACUCCUGAUGCUGCCUGGGACAAGCUCAAGCAAGCGGCCCGUGAGAGAGAUGUCGACGAUGCCAAGGAAGCGAUUGAGGAAUAUGUCAAAGCUCUGGCGGGUGAGGUCACUUACCGCCAAAUUCAAGAGCGACUGAUCGAGGAAAGCGUCAAGAUCUGGCUCAUCUCCACUCAGAGAGAGUUGAUUGAUACUUUCACAAACAUGGACCUUCAAGGCAACAUUGACAAGAAGUACAGCGUCUCGGUUAGAUUUUCCGACAAGCCAGAGAGGCCUCGCGAGAUCAACGUCUGGCCAGAUGGUAUUGACGAGAUUCUCUCUCGCUUGGAUGACGCAGGAAUGGUGGUAGACAGAGGUGUCCCAAAGUGCUACAACUGUGGCGAGCUCGGACAUACUACCAAGGGCUGCUCCCAGGAGAAGGUUGAGCACAACACAGACAAGCCCAAGAUUUCGUGUUACAAUUGUAACGCCGAAGGCCACCGUGUGAGAGACUGUCCCGAGCCCCGUGUGGAUAAGUUUGCUUGCAAGAACUGCGGAAAAUCAGGACACAACGCCAAAGAGUGCGAAGAGCCUCCCAAUUUGGACAAUGUCGAGUGCCGCAAGUGCAACAAGACCGGCCAUUUUGCCAAAGACUGUCCCGAUGGGGGCAGCAGGGCUUGCCGCAACUGCGGCCAGGAAGGACAUAUUUCUAAGGACUGCGAUCAGCCUAAGAAUAUGGACAGCGUCAUCUGCCGCAACUGCGAAGAGACUGGUCACUUCAGCAAGGAGUGCCCCAAGCCGAGAGAUUGGUCCAAGGUCCAGUGCUCCAACUGCGAGCAGUUUGGACACACCAAGGUUCGGUGCAAGAUGCCUCCUAAGGAGUCGGAUGCCUUUGAAGACCAUGGAUAUGGUGGCGAGGCCGAAGAACAGCCCCCACAGGCUGGCGACGGCGACGGCGACGGCUACGGUGAGGCAGCUGGCGGCGGAGACGACUGGUAG